AUAACUUUUUAUUAUUUAAUAUAUAAAAUUACAUUUAUUCAACCCGUGUAAUACACGGGGUUCUAACCUAGUGAUUUUUUAUAGUUAUCAUCCUAACAUUCAAAUUUUACAACACAACAAUUAGCAGCAAAAUAAUAUGAUUAAAUUUUGGGAUCAUAGUUUGUUAUACAAUUACACUAAGAAAUGUUUAUCUCCUUAAAUGUUUAUCUUCUUAAGAAUUAUCUUUAUCGUAAAAGCAAAAGCAAACAUGCAUAGAUAGAUUUGUAAGAUUAAUACACCUUGUGAUUAUUCUUUGACGCAAAAUUGAAUUACCCUUUUGAACCUUAUGUCCUUAAAACAGGCUAAGUUAUUUCUUAUUAUAUCUAUUUUUUUUAAUGAUAACUAGACAAUAGUGUCUAAAAAUAAUAUACGUCAUUAAUGAAUAUAGACAAUAUAGAAUUUUACAUCUUAAAUAUCGUGUUCCGGAAAGUUUAAUGUAAAUUGGAUCUUUUCCAUUGAUGCCAUUUACAUAAAAUGACAUUUACAUAAAAGGACAAUAUUUUUUUAUAUAUACAAGGAUUUCUCUCAUACUACCUUGUGUUUUGUAGCCAUGGAAUUCAUGAUGUUUAUAACUUUAUUGUUACUAUUGUUUUUGGUUCCCAUUUUUUUCCUGUUCCGGUAUAAGAAGCAUAGCGAUCGACUACCACCAGGGUCUUUGGGGCUGCCUGUAAUAGGGCAAAGCCUUGGCCUUUUAAAGGCCUUGAAGGCCGACAGGGUUGAUAAAUGGUUUCAAGAAAGAAUAACAAACCACGGUCCUGUUUGGAAAGCAAAUCUUUUCGGAUACCCGACAGUUGUUUUGCAUGGUCCAGCCGCGAAUAAGUUCAUAUACACUUGUGAUGGGAGCCUACUCACCAACACACAACCGCCAUCAAUCAGCAGGAUUUUGGGUUCCAAAAAUAUAAUCGAGUUGUCUGGAAAUGAUCACAAACGAGUAAGAGGGGCCCUAGUUUCGUUUCUUAAGCUUGAAGUGUUGAAGCAAUAUGUUGGAAAAGUAGAUGAAGAAGUUCAACACCAUCUUCUAACUCAUUGGCAUGGGAAACAUGAAGUCCAGGUGCAACCCUUGAUCAAGAUCUUAACCUUCAACAUUAUCUGCUCGCUUCUUUUUGGGAUUGAAAGAGGACCCAAAAGAGAGAAAAUGCUACCGCUUUUCCAAGAUAUGAUUGAAGGUGUGUUGUCAAUUCCAAUCAAUUUGCCUUUCACUCAAUAUAGUCGUGGGCUCGUAGCAAGGAAGAAACUUGUACCGAUGCUUUUGCAUCUUAUACACGAGAAACGAGAGGCACUCCAGGAUCAAAAUCAGCCAAGUGAUCGUCAUAAAGAUCUAAUCACUUUGUUGCUUAGCAUUCGUGAUGAUGAUGAUAGCUCAACAAUGAUGUCCGAAGAGGAGAUCAUUGACAACAUUAUCGUUGUGAUGAUUGCUGGAUAUGACACAACCUCCGUCCUUCUUACCUUCUUGGUUAGGCUUUUGGCUAACGAUAGAUCUAUCUACUCUACUAUAGUUAGAGAACAAAAAGAAAUUACCAGUAGUAAAGCAUUCAAAGAAGCUUUAACAUGGGAAGACCUCACCAAGAUGAAGUUCACUUGGAGAGUAGCAACUGAGAUGAUGCGGAUAAACCCUCCUGUGACUUUGAGCUUCCGACGAGCUAAGCAAGACAUUGAGUAUGGAGGAUUUAUAAUUCCAAAAGGGUGGCAAGUGUUAUUAUCAGCCUCCAUGACACAUAUGGAUGAUAGCAUUUUUCAAAACCCGACCAUGUUCGACCCAACUCGUUAUGAGAAGCACACGCCACCACCCCCUUUUAGUUACGUGGCGUUUGGAGCUGGGCCAAGGAUGUGCCCUGGGAUUGAGCUUGCAAAAAUGGAAACUUUAGUCAUGAUGCAUCGUCUGGUGACAAGCUUCACUUGGGAGCUACUUAAGAAAGAUGAAUCGUUCAUUAGAGUUCCAAUGCCAGAAUUUGAUCAAGGUUUGUUAGUUCAGGUCAAGCCACUAAACAAAACCAUGGAAGCAUGAAUGUUGGGAAAAUUCCUUUCGUUCUAAACUCAAGGGGAGACACCGAGCUGACCGAAAGUUGAGAUAGACUUCUAAAGUUUGUUCAUAUAUUAUGAUUAGUACUAAUGAAAGAUAAUGAGACUGUACGAAUCUGGUAUUUAACUAAUAACCUGAAAUAAGAUUUUGAUAUUUUUAUAUACUCUAA